UCUAAGGCAAAGGGAUGAUAUGUAAUGACGCUCUUCCGUCUAUUCAGGACAGCCACGAAUACACUUCGAAAACAUCAUAAAACUGCAUGAACGUCGCGUUCUCUGUACACAGUUAUUUUUUACAUUCUUAGAACAAGUUGAAAGCAUUAACAAAGAAAAAUUAACAUGGAAAACAAGGAAGCGAUGGAUUUUAAUUUUGCGAAAACUAGCAGAAGUUCAUCAGCGAAUCGCACUCGUUUGCUUAUAUGUCCGACUACGGGAGGAAGUUUUGAGCUGAACUUACCUGCUCAUGAAACAGUGAUUGGACUCAAAAAUGCAAUUUCCAGAAAGUUGAAAAUUCCACAAGCCAAGAUCAAUUUACUUUAUAAAGACAGGCUGUUAAAGUUUGGGACUUUGAAGGACAACAGUAUAACAGACUGUAGCCAAGUAACACUGCUACCUACCCUGGAAAGUGGAUUCUCUUACCCACGUGAGGAUUCAAGUGUUGUUCAGGCACUGGAAAGUUUAUCAGAUUCUCAGGUGAAUGAUUUCCUGUCUGGUCGCGCCCCGCUGGUGCUUGCGAUGCGGGUUGGAGACCACAUGAUGUUUAUACAGCUGCAGUUAUCAACCUCCCAAUGCAGUGGCCGUCGGGCUCGCCCCACCCCAGUGGUGGUACCAUCCCCUGGACAGGUCUCCGACCACCAGGAGAUUCCCUCCCCAACUGUUCCUCACAGUAGUCACACCCUGUCUCGGAACAUGAGCCAGUUUUCAAACUUCCCAGCUUCUGCUCCACAACAGCAUACCACCAAACCUGGAGCUUCUGAAGUUCUGUCCUCGAGAACCAGCCCUGUAGGACCGUUCUUCUCUUCACCCCCUCAACCUAGCUCCACAUCCCCUCUCUCUCCAGCCCCAGCCCCUGGAGCCAUCAUUGAGAGCAUGCACCAUCUCGGUGGUGGAGUCUAUUCUGGGAAAUUCUCUGGUACUCUGGACCCGACCCUGCAGGAUCAGGGAGGACGUCCAAGAAGAGACAUUAGUACCAUCAUCCACAUCCUCAACGAUCUGCUUGGAGCCACCCCACAGUAUCGUCAGGGAUUGAUGGCCCAGAACCCCCAAACAUCCCGUCUCCAUACCCAUAGUAAAGGAAGCCAUAGACAAGAUCUACGCAACAGCGAGAAGCCAGAUGACUCAAAGCUGAGAGAGAAAGUUCAACAAUUAAAAAGAAUGAUGGAGGAGCGCAAAUUCCGUCGCAGAGAGCGACGGGAUGUACGAGCACCAUACCAUUGGCAUAAUCGCAAUUUCAGCUGUGGUCAAAGUCAUGUAUGUAUCCAUGAUAAUAACAAAAUUCAAGAUCCAGGUCAUAAUGACCAAGAGGUCACAGAGGAUGGAGUCUCUGUUAACUCUGGUUACCAAGGUAAUGGCAGCAGUAUUGAGCAAGACACACUAGCUGUAUGAAGAGGAUCAUAGAAUUUGGCCUAAGGUCGGUUUUCCCCAUAAAACUGACAUACUUAUUUGUCAGUUUGGUUGAGUGCCAUGUUCAGUUGGUGCUUGGUAACUUUUUUACACCAAUUUGUGCCAUAGAAGUCUAGCUGAAGCUGUUUUAUCACAGAAGAAACGGAUACUCGUGACCACAAUGGAGGUUGUUCACAGUGUGGAGCUUUCCCAAGAGUCGAAGCUUCACCUCAGCAUUGCGCACAUCCCUAGCUUGCCCCGCACCAAUGGGGCAUAGGGUUCUCCAGGACACGAAGCUCAGCGGGCUUGGUGGGUUUUGUUGAUUGUUGGCUCCAGCCUUGUACAGGCGACAUGGAGUAGACUUAUUUGUAUGGGUUCGGGAUAUGUUAGGAGUCGCUACUGUGACCCACUACCUACAUCAAUGACAGAUUGGAUACUGCAGCAUUGUGCCAGUAUAGGAAUACAACAUUGACAUCUGCAGCUCUCAGUGCAGCAACAUUCAUGGACUGUAAGCUAUAAUUGUAAGGCAGAAUCUCACAAAUCUUGAAACAGAGCAUUUUCUAAAUAAUUUCUGAAACAAUUACCGGUAUUCAGCAUAAAAAUUUACUUUUACCACCUGUGCUUAAUUCAUGCAUGCAAUAGUACAUUCUAUUUAUUGAACAAAAAUAAAGCCUCUCCUGAUUGAGAUCAAAUUUAUAUUCAUUUUAAUAAAUAAUGCUGUUCUGUAACAAAUUAUUUGUUUCAUAAAUUUGUUAAAUGUUUGGGAUAUACAAGUUUUUUACAUAUGAUCUACGACAGUAGAGCAAGUUUAUACUGACAUUUUCUAAAAAAGAAUUUAUAUUUGAUAAUGUGAUUUUGUUCAGAUAUUGUGAAGAUUUGAUUGAUGGGGUUUCAUGAUAGAUCUGUAUCUUAAUGAAUGGUGCGAGGAUCGCAUCAUCCUCGCAUCAUCCUCGCAUCUUGUAGUUAUGCUAGUCAUGAACUAGAGUUUGUAAAGUUACCAGUAACAAGAAGUUUUUGUACCUUUAAAAAAUAUCUGCCUCGGCACAUUGCAGUACAAUGUGUGUGAGCAACAUAACGGGACAGUACUGGUAUGUGGUACACUAACGUACCAGUCAACAUACACAGGAAAACUGGUGGAUGGAUCUGUAAAUACAUAUUCUUGUAACAAAUUAACUUAUACUCUACGAUAUGGAGUUGUAUUAAAUACAUACACUAAUUGAAGUUGUAUAUAGUGUAUACCUAUAACAUUUUUCAUUACUCUUUUUAACUCCAAAUGCUUAAACCCUUCCAUACAUGUUGAUAAUUGUUUUUACCCAAUAUGCAAAGUCUGAGAGCAAGAUUUGAACGUUUUGCCCAGUUAUCUCCCCUUCCCGUUGAUUGUUUAAGUGUUGGAACACUUGCACAAACACAAAAUAUGAACCUGUUUGUAUUUUUAUUGAUCAUGUACAUUUUGCCAUUUUUAUCACCUUUAUACUAUCAUAAUGGUCUGUGCACAAGAUGUAUCCUGUAUACAGAGUUUCCUAUUAUGGGUAGAUUUUAUUUUUUUCUCCUUAAAAAAUCAAUCAACUGUAUAUUCAUAAUAUCUUCGGCAAUAAUAUUGUUUUAUAGAUGUGAUAAUGGACUCUUACGGGGUCUAAAUACCUGUGGUAAAUGUUUACAUCCAUGACUUUCUCUACUUUUUUGUGUACCAUCUGAAUAUUGUUUUCCUUGCCUUUAGUCCAUGCAUGUGUAUUGCCCUAGUUAAUGUCCAAACAAAAACAGAGAAAAAAUAUGUAAAUGGCAUGCAGAUAGUUUUAUGUAAGUAAUGUGUAAACUUAUUUUUUAUGGAUAAAUAUGGCAACAAUCGAAAUAAUCAGGUUUUACAAUUAAAUAUAUUAUUAAAUUCCCUGUUUGUAUGUUAAUAUGUCCUGUUUUAUGACCUAUGGUCUAUAUACCUGGUAUGUGGUCCAGAUUUUGAAUGACAAGAAUAUAUUUAUAUCGGUUUAUUUUACAGACAAGUCUACUUAAAAUUAGUUUGAUGUAUUUUAUGCCAGGAAUAUUGGAUCAGAUUUUCAUGUUAAGAUAAGAAAGUUGAGAAAUCAAUUUAACAUGAUGUCUGAAUUUGUGAAAUUUUUCAUACCAGUAUGCACAUUUUAGCAAAUAGUUUUGUCUGAGUGAAAGACAUUUGCACAAAAUUGUUUUGAUCAUAUGAAUUGUUAUGCUUCAUUGUUAUGUUUCAUUCCUGUUAAUCUGUCAACAAAUGAUUUAUUACAAAACAGAAUAUAAAGAACUUUAAAUGAAAAUUAAAAAAAAAAAAAAAAAAAAAAAAUUAAAAUUGUAAAAAAAAAGUCAUUUUUAUGUUUGAAAUGUUGAAGAUCGCAUUACCUCCAGGCAUAACAAGGUAAAAACAGAGUUAUCCUUACCUUGUAGAGCAGGGUAAUAUUGACUUAUCAAUUAAACAACAUUACAAGGUAAAAACAGAGUUAUCCUUACCUUGUAGAGCAGGGUUAUAUUGACUUAUCAAUUAAAUAACAAUCACCUGUUGGUUGUUGCCAGAUUUGUUAUUUUUUUUUUUUAUACAAGGCCAGUAACUGUGUGUGUCUACCUGUCUGUGAACCAUAAACUUGAAUAUAUUUAGUGUUGUCGAUACCUUUUUAUGUAAAUAUUUAAGACAUGUUUGACUUGGAAUUUAUUCAGAUGAGUCAUCCUCUGAAAUGUCAGAAAAAAUAUGCGCACAUUAACAUGUAUUAAGCUACCUUGCCAUUAUCAUAUCAAAGUGUUGGAAAUGUUUCCCUAUGUGUCAAUAUCAUAUUUACGUAUACCCUUAUGAUAGUGCUAUCUCCUUUUAUCACAUGUGAGCUGUAGUAUUGUAACUUAAUGGUGGCUCAAUUAAUGUAGAUACAUUGUAUUUUUUAUGAAGUAUAUCUCCAUCAAGGUAAAUGGACUUGCUACUGAUUUUGUUAGCAACAUUAUCAUAUCUUUAACUAAAUAAUUAUUGAUCUUCGUUCAAAUAAACCAGGACACAGAAGACUUAAAAAUUUUUGUCAAUAAAAUUAUCACUAAUCUCUUCAAGUAUUAAAUGUACUAUCAUUAUAUUAUAUAAUAUUUCUUUUCAAAGACCCUGAUGAAAAUGUAAAGUACAUUUGCAUUAAGAAGUCAUUAAUAAUGUAGUACAGUAAUACAGUUUUGCUUCUUCACAAUUAUGUUUCUUAAAGUUAUCUCAAAAUCCAUAACUGUGUCUUUCUCUUCUGUCACUUAAAAUGAAAUCAUAGUUAUGAAAUGAAAUCUUUUUUGAAAAAGUCUAGAUCAAAAAAUGUCAUUUAAAAUUAAUAAAAUAUCUUAUCCUCCAACAACAAAUAUGAAAUAGUUUAUUUGUAUGGGGACAAUAAUGUUACACAUCGUAGUACUCCUUCAAUGGUUUACACAGGACCUUGACAUUUCCUAAUCUGUGCCAAUAAAUUUGUAAAUUAAGAUUGUGUCUCAUAACCAGUGUUAUCAAAGUUUGGGAGAGUCUGUGCAGUUUUAUAUAAACAUGACACAUGGUACACAUGUGUUAUAUAUACCAGCAGCACAAACAAUUAGGAGAUUAUGUUUGUUAUACAAACUGUAUUUAAAUAAUUGUAGUUAAGUUUUGGUGAUGUAGAUAGCAGGAGUAUUUAUUUCUUAUAUUUUUAUUUUUUCAACGAGAGAAUUAAUUACUCACACAGAAUAUAUUUGUUUUCAUAUCAACAAAAUAAAUGAUAUAUAAACUUUUUUUGUGUAAAAUCUAUAAUAUUUUGCUGGAUUUUUGACUUUUAUAUCUAUUUGUGCUGUAAAUCACCCAUUUCCCCCAUUUUUUGUUGUUGUAGUUACAAUGGCGACAAUCCAUUUUUUAUCAGAAGUUCAUCUCAUGUUUUUACAUUUUGUCAUGAUAAUUUCGCCUUUUCCUUGAUAUUUCAUAUAUACUUAUUCAGACAUCUUUUUUUUUCUUGUCUGAAUAUGAAAAAAAGCAUUUUAUUUCUUUGGCUGUUUUAAAGUAAACCUCAUAUUUAAGACCAAUAUACUUGAGAUGUAUUUGGCAGUCACAAGUAUUUCAGUUGGCAAUUAACUAAUGUGGAACAGACCAUAAAAAAGGAGCAAAGAAGUACCCCCUCCCCCUCCCUCAUCCCUGAUCACAUACACCUUGCCACUUAAGAGUGAGUAGCUUGCAAACAGGUUGCAGUCUUUCAUAGAUUUUCUUGUAACAUUUACUGUACAUGUAUGCUUUCCCCCCCCAAAGUACGCCCUACAUGGGUUUACAUUUUCAAUUUUAAUCAUUGAUAAAAACAUAAUGUACCUAUUUCUUUUUAAAAUGUUAAAGAAAUAGAUAAAAAAAAAA